CUUCUUUUUCUCCUUGUCACUUGUUCUAAUCAUGUAGCUUUCUGUCUGAGGCUUAGUUUCCAACCUAAUUUGCUUAAGGUAAAGGAAACUCGAUUUGGGGAUAAUAUUUUUCCAAACAAUCUUCUUCUUUGAGCCCAAUUUUCUCCACCAGUUCUCUAUCAAUCUAAACUUUCAAUCUACUUAAAUUUCGAGUCAUUCUCGCUUUGUGAUCCUGGACACGAGAUCUACAACUUGAGGUAUUGAUUGAGGAUUGAAGAACCUUUUGGAGAACAUAAGCCACUAGGAGUUGCAAAAUGGACUACAUUGUGGAUUCCCUAGAGAAUGCAUACCAAGAGUUUGUCAUUGCUGCAACUGAUGUGCUUGAAGCCAAGGAAACUUCUGGUGCCCAAAACACACCAGCCAUAGAAGCUGCUCUUGAGGCUUUUAAGCAUAAAUGGGAACUUUUCAAAGUUGCUUGUGAUCAAACUGAGGAUUUUGUGGAAUCCAUGAAGCAAAGGAUUGGUUCAGAGUUGCUAAUGGACGAGGCAAGUGCCCCAGUGACAAGGAAGUCUGGGCAAAUUGGACCAACUGGUCUUCCACCCAUUAAUGGAGUUAGGUUGCAACAUAUGUUUAAAUCAGUUCGACGACUUCUCAUAGAACUUCAACAUGGUUCUGUAGUUGCUGAAGGUUAUGGAACUCCUGCUAGUUCAACACAUUCUCAUCCAACAACUACUUUUGAUGGUAGAUUCUCUGAAGAUUCAACGUAG